AUGUUAGGAAUGACAACACAAUCAAAUACUCAUUAUGCAUGUCGAUAUCAAACAGACAAAACCUGGCUCGAUCGUCAAUAUCAUAAAAAUGGAUUAAUAUUAAAACCUGAUGAACUUGCUAAAAUAAUGAUAGAUCCUCCGACUUAUGAAGCUGAUAAUGAUAUUUUAGAUCGUGUUCAAGGUUCAAUGUUUGGAAUGGCUUUAGGUGAUGCUUUAGGUGCUUCUGUUGAAUUUCGACCUCGUCAAUAUCUAGUUGAACAUCCCGUAAAGGAUUUACAAGGAGGAGGAACAUGGGGUCUAGAUAAAGGAAAGUUUACUGAUGAUACAUCAAUGGCUCUUUGUCUUGCUAAUUCAUUAAUAACUCGUCAAGAUUUUGUUCCUUAUGAUCAAUUAGUUCGUUAUAAAUGGUGGUAUAAAGAUGGUUAUAUGUCUUCGACAGGAAAAUGUUUUGAUAUUGGUUCUGCUACAAAAAACUCGAUAAAUGAAUUUGAACGUCGUCAACAUGAGUUUUCUAAAAACCAUAAUAUUCCUUUCGAACAAAUCGAUUAUCUUACUGAUCAAAGUUUUCUCACUGAGUUUGAUGUGUAUUGUAGUUCAAAAGGUGUUGCUGGUAAUGGAGCUCUAAUGCGACUUGCACCCGUUCCAUUAUUUUUUCAUAGAAAUCCACUUGAAGCUGUUGCUUUCUCUGGUUUCAGUGGAGUUAUAAGUCAUGGUGAUCGAAUUGCAUUUGAUGCAUGUCGUUAUUAUGGUGCUUUAAUUGUUGCUGCUAUUCAUGGUUUAAAUAAAGAUGAAUUACUUGAUAAAAACUUUUUUUUUAAAUAUGAACGUUUAUUUAAUAAUAUUCCAUUACAUCCAAAUAUUAUGAAAAUUGCUCAAGGAUCUUAUAAAGGAAAAAAUGGUUAUGAUCAAGGUAUUAGAGGAAAAGGAUAUAUUGUUGAUGCACUUGAAGCUGCUUUAUGGGCAUUUUAUUUUCAUGAUACAUUUGAAAAAGGUGUUCUUGCUGCUGUUAAUCUUGGUGAUGAUACAGAUACAACUGCAGCAAUAUAUGGACAACUAGCUGGUGCUUAUUAUGGAUACAAAAAUUUGCCAGAAAAAUGGUUGAAAGAUUUAUAUGCUCCUAAAUUUAUUGAAUGUGUAAGUAAAUGGUUAAUUUGUGAAGGAGAGCAAUGGAGACCAGAAGGAAUAUAUCCUUCAACUUUUCCUUCUUUAAACCCUCAAUUACAAUCAAAUCAAACUAAGAACUCAUCUAUUGAAAACAAACGAAAUAUAAAUGAACAAUCAACACUUAUUCAAACAGAUAAUAUUUCACCGAAAGCUAAAUUAUUUUCUAAAAUGUGGUCUACAAAAUCAGAUCUUCAUCCUAUUUCAUCUAAUCAUAAAUUACAUUCAAUCAAAGAAACAGAACAAAUUUCUCAUACUAAUACAACUCAACUACCACUUUUUAAUAGUCAUGGUCCUGGACAUUCUGAUCAACAAUCAAAUAAUUCCAGUCGACAUCUAUCACAUGAUAGAAUGUCAUUGUAUUGUUCUAUGCCACAUCAUUUUCGUGAAAGAUUACAAUCAUGUGAUGAUGUUUCUAACUGGUUAAUAUCAUUGGGUGAUGAUUAUAAAAAUUAUGCCAAAGCUUUUAAAGAUGAUUUUGUUGAUGGAUUUUGGCUUCUCAAUUAUAUUAAUGAUGAAAAUCUUCAAAAUAAAUAUCACAUUCAAAAUGAAUCACAUAGAAAAAAUAUUCUUAAGAAAAUUCAACAAUUUAAAAGUUCGAUUAACGUCAAUUGA